AUCAAGAAAAUUUUGUCAGUAGGCACCGUGAAAGUGUCUAGGACGGUGUUUGUAGACCCCUUCAAUAACUAGAACGCGAAACAAAAUUCUCCAGUGCUAUAGUGUUAGAACUCCCCCUAGUGUUACCUAUAAAAUUGCUUAAGCUAGUGAUAAUGCCUUUCGAAGAGCAUCUGAGUGACAACUUCACGGCUGUGCUACGGCCCGAGGCGCGGUUAUCGGCCGAAACCCGCUACCUCGGCUGGAACGUGGCCCCCGAAGAUUUGCCGCACAUUCCUGAGCACUGGCUCAAGUAUCCGGAACCGGAAGCCUCGCUACACUAUCUGCUUGGUUUGUUAUACAUUGCUUUCACCAUCUUCGCCCUAGUUGGAAACGGACUCGUCAUUUGGGUGUUUUCCUCUGCUAAAUCGUUGCGAACACCAUCCAAUGUAUUCGUUGUUAAUUUGGCGAUUUGCGAUUUCUUGAUGAUGGUUAAAACACCCAUCUUCAUUUACAAUUCCUUCACCAAAGGCUUUACGACAGGCUUCCUGGGGUGUCAAGUUUUCGCUUUCAUCGGUUCACUAUCUGGCAUUGGUGCUGGGGCAACGAAUGCAUGCAUUGCUUACGACAGAUACAAUACCAUCGCGCGACCCUUCGAAGGAAAGCUCACCCACACUAAAGCCAUCUUCAUCACCUGCAUGGUGUGGACCUACACGUUCCCUUGGGCUGUUUUGCCGCUUAUGGAACUCUGGGGAAGAUUUGUUCCUGAGGGAUACCUAACAUCAUGCACAUUCGACUACUUGACCAACACUUUCGAUAAUCGCAUGUUUGUUGGAACGAUCUUCACAUUCAGCUAUGUACUUCCUAUGAGCCUGAUUAUCUACUACUACAGUCAGAUCGUAAGUCAUGUCGUUAACCACGAGAAAGCCCUUCGUGAACAGGCCAAGAAAAUGAACGUGGAUUCUUUGCGCUCGAACCAAAACCAAGCCAACACCUCGGUUGAGGUGAGGAUAGCCAAAGCUGCUAUAACUGUUUGUUUCCUGUUUGUUGCUUCGUGGACACCGUAUGCGGUACUGGCCUUGAUUGGAGCUUUUGGUGAUAAAACUUUGCUGACACCGGGCGUAACCAUGUUCCCAGCUUGUGCAUGCAAAUUCGUCGCCUGUCUGGAUCCGUACGUGUACGCCAUCAGCCAUCCGAGAUACCGUGUAGAGUUGCAAAAGAGGCUGCCUUGGUUAGCCAUUACGGAAUCGUUGCCAUCUGAUUCGGCUUCUAAUGUCACAGACGCGACCACAGCUAACACAUCGGCACCAGCAUCUUCUUAAAUUAUUGAUGGUUAGGCAUAAGUCAUUAAUUUAGAAUAAAUUAUUGCGAUUCGAUGUAUAUCUACUGACUCGUCUACCGAUGAAGACCAAUGCUUUGCUUAACCGGACAUGAUAAGGAACUAUUUCAACUAAAAUAUUUUAUAUUAUUGCAAAUCAAAAAAUGCGAAAAUGAAUAAAGAUUCAAUGCAAAAUCAAAUCCUA